CUCGAAGCGGCAAUCUCUUCCAUCACACGGAAAAGACAUAGGCAUAAAUAUUCCAUUUUGUAAUUGGAUGAAAGAAUGGCGGCCAUUAUCGUUUUUGGUCUGCUCCUCGUAAAAAAUAUACCGACUUUCCACGCAUCCACUGACAUCAUCCUGACGCAAGGGAGUCCAGAGGAGUAUUAUAUAUUUAACAAUACAUGUAGCCAACCUCCAUGUCAACAAUGCUCCCCGGCCUGUCCACCUGUUUCCGUAUCAAGCCCCCUUGGAACCACCCUCGUUGCUACAUUCAUAGAUCUUCGAAUCCCUGCAGAUAAUAAGAUAACAUUUACCAACCUGAACACCAGUAAGGAGUUGCUUUCCAUUUCAGGGAUAUCUCAAAUCAUCGAUCCGAUUUAUGUUGAUUCCUCGCAAUUGAAAAUGGAAGUGGAGAAAGUCGAUGAGGCCAACCUUCCUUCCACGGUUUUUCAAGUGAGAUUUUCUUUUGUAGAUCGGCUACAAGAUACGUUCAUCCGGUCAAGCGGUGGUGCCUUUGCCCUAUCCAACACCCUUCCAAGCAUCACACUGCAGAGCGCUAACCUAUCCAGCAUGACAAACCUAGAGGCCGAUCUCCACUGGUUUAUCACAGCCACCUCCUACUCCUGGAUCCAGGUUGAUGUCCUGGAGAUGGAGCCAGGAAUGGGGGCCGAUGUCUGCAUCUCCGACACCUUCAAAACCUAUGGAGAAUGGGUGUGCAUGACGAACUCGGUAUCGUCCACCUCGUGGUAUUCGUACGAUGACGAGAUCAGGUUGUCGUUCUCCGUCCUAAGAGGUGAUCGGCCUGGCUCUGGCCUGACGGUGAAGCUGACUAUCAUUGAUCAUUUAACAUGGAAUGGUCAGUUCCUGACCAUACCAUCGUGCAACCCGAAAGUGACUCUACAGGAAGCUGAAACCAUCAGAUUUACUUCACCAUUCUUCAAUCAAUCUGUUGAAAAUGUGAAAUACCAGUGCAGGAUGACAUUCACCAACGGAUUGCAGCCAGCCGGCUUUCAGUAUCAUCAUCUCGAUGUCAUAGACAGGGUUAUAGUUCAUACAAGAGAGUCUGGCGAUUUUUUGAAACUCGCGGAAGCUACGGAUAUUCACAUGGGCUCUUUGGACUUCCCCAUCAUCUCUGUGUCACCAACUCCAGAAAUUUCCGUUGACGUGAAUAAACCAGAUUACCAGGGGACUGAAGUUGGUCUUAUGGUGCAACCAUAUACGGAAGACAUACUGAAUAUAGGUCCACACCCUUUGUCAUCAUUUGGCUUCGCCAUGGAACUUGAUAACGCCUCAUUCCAACAGGACUUCAUCACCCUUGGCUAUCCGGUUCUUCCCAAUGCGGUCAUGAACUUCAAAUGGCUGUUCGACAAUCGCGUCACUGGUACGGCCAUCAAAAUUCAAUUCAUCGAUUUUGACAUCGGUGCGGCCACCCUUUUUGGCCAUGUAGCAGAGACGAACCCACCUCUAUGGCAGUUGACAGGAUCAGGGAUCCCAGAAGAUAUCCUCACGGACACGACGAGACUGACACUCCUGCUUCAUUCGGAUUCUCAAGGCACAUGUUGCAACAGAGGGAUUUACUUCAAUUUAACAUUAAUAACAAUGAUCGAUGAAUGUUUGAGCUUUCCUUGUCUAAAUGGAGGAACCUGCUUCGACGAGUUCGAAUCAUUCCGAUGUCACUGUCCCAACGAGUAUGAAGGAGACUUGUGCCAAAACCAAAUUACCACACAAAGGCCGAUUCAGACGACGGAGAGCUCAACUACAGCUCACAUUACGACGAUCGCAACACAGACAACGGAUGUAACAGAUUUCAUGACGCAUGACCCAACUUCGAAGACUACAACUCGCAGUGAACCAACUUCUACUAUGUCACCUACUAUAAACGAUGGCACAAACACAGGAGAAUCGAAGGAUCCCGAUGUACUCAUUAUCGCACUGAGUGUUAGCAUCGUAAUGGCCUUUUUUCUCAUCGGAUUCCUGGUUGGUGUGGUGGUUUACCGAAGUCAGAAGCAAACGGGGACUUUGUCACACGCCGUCUCUCCGGCGUGCUCCCAAAACGGACUAAUCCAAGAGAAUGGACCAAACGCUGAUCGGUACCAAGAAGGAUUGGAUUUCCCGAGAAGCAAUGGUUCUCUUCCUCCACCUCUUCCUCCAGACCGACCCGAUCCCCCACCUAGCUACUACGACACGAUAGACGACGGGGCAUGUAGGGGAAGCUAUUUCGAAUUGGACCCGUCCUCAAUGGGUGGUGGUGGUGAAUAUGUAAAACUCAAUGAAAAACUAAACAGUCCAUACGACACAGAGAUUUUCCGUGUCUCCCCCGCUGGGAAUCGGGUAUCGGCAAUUUCCAAUGCCAGUUACUGCAUGCCGAUGAAUGGCUACGUAUCUCCAUCUCACAUUAAUGGACAACAAACAUCAGAGUUCAACACGUUUCACAAGUGAGACGAGAGGUCCGUUGCCAAAAAAUGCUCGUGUAGAGAGGUUAUUUUUCAUCCUACAGCGUAGGACGAAUUCGGGAACAUAGAGAUAUAUUGUGCCCUUCUUGAGAAUGAGGUAGUAAAAAAUUAUACUUUCUGGUGAUACUCCAAAAUCUUCCCAAGAUUUUGAAUCUGGUAAAACUGCACUCCGAUUAUUAGUCUACUUUCUAAGAGAUUUAUCUGCUAGCGUUGUAUGGUAUUCAGAUUUGUCCGAAAUAACAGACAUUAUAACAUGAAUUAUUAGUCAUAUCGGUAGCCAAGUGUGACGCAAAUCUCUGUUCAUUCUUAUAAAUAUUACCGGGAUUAAACAAAAAUAUCGUAGAACACUAUAUGUUCAUGAUAAUAGUACUGUAUUUCCAACAAAGAGAUAACAUACCCGAUCACCUACAGUUAAAUUUACAUUAAAAACUGAAAUACCACUUUCAGUACUAAUACUAAAUAUUGGAUUGUUUUUUGUGAUCUUAUAACAAAAAUAAUAGGUCUAUAUCACCAAUGCUAUAAAUGGCGAGGAGGAUCUGUGCAUUUGAACAAAUGACUCAAUUCAUUUUUAAUGCCAAAAUGAGGUGAAAACAUAGAACACAUUCAUUUGUAAAGACAGCUACAAACGAUACAAAAUGGGCUUUUAUUUCCUUUUCAGGAAAAAAAAUCGUCCUGCUUUUUUUUCAACGGGUAUGACUAAUUCUAGUGUUAACAGCAUACAUUAUAUGAAGGCCUAUUGUACAGACUGCAGAAAUCGUUUCUGCUUUUAUAAAUAAAAAAAAUGGAUAUGAUGUAUUGAACUUUGUCUUUUUCUGCAAGUAUUAUAAUCUUUAAUGUACCUACAGGCAAAGAAAUUAAUUUGCAUGUUGUUAUUGAGAUUAUGAUGUAUAACAUUUUUAUAAUGUUGCAGUUUUAUAUAUUCAGCCCUCUUUGAGAGAUUUUUAAAAGAAUGUUAAGACAUUCGUAUGGGCUUUUAUCAAGACAGUAAUGGUUACCAACCGAUAUUUUAAAUAUAAAAUUGUAAAACAUACAUAACAUGUAUAUAUUGAGCUUCAUAUUUCUCAAAGCCUUCAAGAAUACACGGUGAUGCGGCCGAGUUGUUUUAGGCGCCUGGCCAUACAUGGAAAGUCAGGGGUUCGAUCCCCGGCCGCGGCACCUAUGCCCGUGAGCAAGGUACUUAAUUAAAGGACAAG